ACAGAACAACCAAACGAACAAAAUGAAUAAAACACCGGUAGAGAUCCUAGGGGCAAGGCAUCCACUGAGCAAAGAAGAAAUAAUGAGAACUUCCAUGAAAUGGGAGAAACGCACAAAAAAACUGACCACCAAAUGGCCAGCGGAGGGAACAUUGGAUGUCUCUGUGUGUGAGGAAAUGGAGACACUGAUAAAGAACUACAAACCAAAGGACAAGAAACAAAAAAGAAGAGAUAAACGGGAAAGAGAGAAUGAAAUAUUAAAAAUGUUCAAAGAAGAAGGAACUGGUUUGUUAAAAAGCAUGAAAACAGCAAGAGAAAUGCUGAAGAGAGAUGACAAGGCAACGGAAGGAAAAGAGUGGGUAACUAAACCUCCACCUUAUUCCAAUGGGCAAUUUCCAAUGGUAACAGGACGGGUGGACAUAAGCGGUGAAGUAGAACUAACAGAAGGGAGAGAGGGGGCUGUCUCACCUGGAUCAACAGGGGCGCCCACUCACUCAACGGAGAGCAGAAAGAGAACGACUGAGAAAAAUCCAAGCUCAGAGGAAGUCUUCAAUUGUUAUGAAGGCUUGAGAGAAACCCUGGCUGCAAUGGAAAUGGGAGAAAAUGAAAAAACAGGACCGCUAACAAUGGGGAAAAUAAAUGGAAAAAAGGUAGAAUGCUUUAAGAAAGGUUUGGAGGCACUAGCAGACUACCACGCAAGACAGAGUCUCUGCAGUAUGGGAGAGGAAGAAGAAGAGAGUGACCAACACUGUAGAGAGUAUGAAAUUCAAAAAUCAAAGAUACUGGAAGAAUGCGAGGAGAUAAGAGAAAAAAUAAGAGCACAGCAACAGGAGAGAGAUCAAAACUGGGCUUUACAUGAGAGCAUGAGAAAUGAGCCUGCAACUUGUAGGAAGGCCUUAGGAAAAGAACCUGGUUACUAUAAAGGCCAGCUUCCAAUCCUAAUAAAAGGCACUCAGGGACACUACACGCCAUGGGCUACGCAGGACCUGGAGGGGUUGGUUAUCCGUCUGCCAGAUCUGAAUGAAGGAGCGGGUAAAUGGAUCAGAACCUUUGAAGAACAUACUGUGGGGAAAUUACUGGCGGUGGGCGACAUAAGGGCACUACUGGCCAGGGUGACGAGCAUGCGUACUAUGGGAGAGAUCAUGCAGGACGGGGGCAUCGAUGGCGCAAAUGGGGGAGUGAUGAAUGAUGGACUACUGUUCAACAGAUACAGACCAGCCAUCUGGCGAGCCUUGAGGGAAGCAUAUCCCACAAAAGUGGAUCCUAAAGCACUGAGGGGCGAAGCCAUUGGAGCCACAGAAAACCCAGCCACCUACCUACAUGGACAGCUGAAAAGGUGGAGGAUGGAAACAGAACAAGACCCUGAGGGCAAUGAACUGAUGACAACUAUGUUCCGAAAUUCAAUAAUAGAAGCCAUGCCCCAGCCGGUAAAGAGCAGGCUGGAGGAUGUGGUGGGACUUACAUCAAAACCCUACAGGGAAUUCUGUGACCACGUGGUUCAUGCGGUGGAAAAACACAGGAAGGAUGAACAGAGACAGAUGGAACAAGGAAAAGAUAUUCAGAGAAGGCUGACCCAAUUGCAGUUGGAUGAGCUAACCAACAGAGGGAAAAAGAAGGUCCAAGCAGCUGUCACGACCCCUGGGCCAGAGAUGGGAACAAUGGCUGCUGUCUCCCCAGGAGAGCCACAGCUGUUCGGCCCUGGGCGGGCCCAAGUGUCCACUGCACCGCCAGUAGUAAAUGUGUAUACACAGCCCCCGAAUUGGAAUGGUGGGAAAAAACAUCAGAAAAACGUACAAUCUGAUAAAAGCAAGGGAACUGUGGAUUCUAGAGGGCCGCCUGGCACCUGUUGGGGUUGUAGGCAAACAGGACACAACAGGAGAGAAUGCCCUACACACCCGUGGCAGGAUCGGACUGGGGGAAAUAGAAAUAGCAGACCACCACCGGCGAGUAGUGCUCCGACCCACGAACCAAAUCUGAAUGGGUGGAAUCCAAACAAUGACUGGCGAGGCGACCCUAACCAGCCCUCGGGCCCUGUGAACUCAUGGUCAGGGCCUAACCAACCCUCAGGCCCUGUAAACUCAUGGUCAGGGCCCAAUCAACGCUACUAGGGAUGCCCAGGGAAUCCUAGGGGGAAGGGUCAGUUUCCAAUAUUAACAACAAAAGCUGACCAAGAACCUAUACUGCAGGUUCAGAUAGAAAACAGAGGCACACCCAUGAUGAUAGAUACUGGAGCCACUUACACAUGUGUAAGUCCACACUAUGCCUCUCAUCUCCCCAUGUCGGGCAAAUAUGCCAAAACAAUAGGAUUCUCGGGACAUACGCAGUUAAUUCCAAUGACCGCUCCAGUUCGUCUAACAGCUGACGGCAAAUCUGCUACAAUUCCAAUUUUAGUGUCAGAUCAAACACCAAUUAAUUUACUAGGUAGAGAUGCACUAUGUAAAAUGGGUUUACAAAUCAAAUGUUCUCCGGAUGGAGUGAUACUUGAAAGAACAGGAUUACAAUUACCAGUGAUAGGUGCAGAAGGGACGGCUAAUGUGUAUUGGCUAGGAGGCAUUGAAUCAGACGUAGAUAGAACUGUAAGGAAAUGGGGUAAAUUCAUUCAGGCCCAAAUACCUAAAGCAGUUAGAGCUAAAUCUGAAUAUCAUUGUACAAUGCAAUUUGACCCACACCAGGACCCAUUAUUAGAACAACUCUGGGUUAUGGGGGCAAAUGGACAGAAAGCACCCAUAAUGUCACAGUAUAUUAUCAUUGGAAAACAAGGAGCUGCAAUGAAUGUGAUGGACGGAGACGGGUCUGAAUUUGUGCAGAAAUGGUUCAAUGUCUCAGACUCCGUCCCUCACAUUACAUUGUUGGUAAAUCAGGGCUACACAUCUAAAGAUCUAGGACCAAUGAUGAGGGAAGUUAAGAAAAAGAAAUGGGACAAAACAGACAAUCCACUAAUCUUUCAUUCUAAGGAUAAAUCAUUUAUCAAAAUAGUUACCACUACUAUGUUGAUUGGUGAUCCAAGGGAGAUAGAGGUUAGUGCAGGCCAGCAAGUGGUGCUAGGUGAAGGACUAGGGUUAAUCAGUGAACUUAGAGAAGAGAUGGAGAAAAUUAUACCAACCAAGGUAUGGUCGCAACACGACACAGAUGUCGGGUUAGUCAAAUCUGCUAGUCCCGUCUGUGUAAAGAUAAAACCCGACGCCAAACUACCAUGGAAAGCCCAGUAUCCUAUGAAGCCUGAGGCUGAAGAAGGCAUAAGAUCAACAAUAGAAGGACUGAUCAGGGCAGGUGUAUUGAUAGAGAUGCCCAGCUGCUGCAAUACACCUUUGUUACCUGUCCUUAAAGCCGAUGGUAAAAGAUGGAGACUGGUCCAUGAUUUGAGAGCAGUAAAUGACAUAGCUCAGGAUUGCCCUGCUGAAGUCCCGAACCCACACACACUGCUGACCAAUGUUCCCCCGGAUGCCAAAUACUUCACGGUUAUCGACCUAUGUGGAGCGUUUUUUAGUAUACCCCUGGCGGAGGAGUGCAGACAUCUGUUUGCAUUUAGAUAUGGGGGUAAAACUCUGUCUUACACGAGGACCCCACAAGGUUUUAAGCACAGUCCGCAUUUGUUCAAUCAAAUAUUGAGGGCUGAUUUGGAGGAAUUAAUGCUAGAUGGCACAUUGAUUCAAUAUGUGGAUGACCUGUUGAUCUGUGCCUCGACUUUGGAACAAUGUCAUUCUGACUCACUUAAAGUACUACAGCGACUAGCUGAGGGGGGACACAAAGUUUCUAGAACAAAACUACAGUACUGUCAACCUCAAGUUGAGUACUUAGGGAGAACAAUAGCUCAUGGGACUAAAGCCAUAGCUCCAGGACAGUUAGAAGGUAUCAGUAAAGCACCCCUGCCACAAACGGUAGCUCAAAUGAUGACCUUUUUGGGAAUGACAGGGUUCAGCUCAGAUUGGAUAGAGGAGUAUGUAGUCAAAACAGCUCCUCUGAGAGAAAUAAUGAAAGAAGCGGGACAGCUUAACCUCAGAGCAAAACUAGAUUGGAAUACGGAUGCGUUAGUUGCUUUCGAAACACUCAAGAAAGAGAUGCAGACAGCUCCAGCUUUAGCAACUCCCGAUUACACCAAACCAUUCUUGUUAUAUGUAGCAAACAGGUGUGACAACUAUGCAGCAGCCGUUCUUAUGCAAGAAUCAUGUAGUGGUAGGAAGAAACAACCAAUUGCCUAUUAUAGCUCUAAACUAGAUCCGGUAGCCCAGGGAUACCCACCGUGCUAUCAAGGAUUGGCAGCGUUGCAUUACGCAUAUGACAAAGCGUCAACAAUAACCAUGGGGUACCCUGUGGUUAUCAGCACUCAUCAUAAAAUUGUGGAGUUAAUAGAGCAGGGAAAAUUUGUGCUAACAAAUGCAAGGACAAUGGACUAUAUGAGCUUACUUACGUAUCCAGAUGUUCUCAUUAAAAGAUGCAGCACUGUGAAUCCAGCGGAAAGGGUUCCGUUCGAUUUCGAAGGAGAAGCACACGAUUGUGUAGCCGAGGCUCUAACAUUUACCAAAUUGCGCCCUGACUUAGAAUCUAUUCCUUUAAUAGAUCAUGAGGGAGAUAAUCUGGAAAGUUACUUUGUAGAUGGUUCUUGUUUUAAGGAUUAUACAGGUAAUCAUGCAGGGUUUGCGGUAGUCAAACACGAAGGGAAAACCUUUACUGAAGAAAUACUUGAACAUUGUCCUCAACCGUGCUCAGCACAGUUAGCUGAAUUACAGGCUUUGACAGCAGCAUGUGUACUAGGAAGGGGUAAAACAGUUAACAUCUAUACUGAUUCCGCAUACGCGCACGGUGUAUGCCAUUUGUUUGGUGCAGUAUGGAAACAGAGAGGGUUUAAAAAGAGUGAUGGAACUCCCAUCCAACAUCACGCACAAAUUGUUAAGUUAAUGACAGCAUUAAUGUAUCCUCGGAAACUAGCAAUAAUCAAAUGUCAAGCGCAUAAAAAAGGUAAUGAUUUUGUCAUUAGGGGCAAUAAUGCAGCUGAUGAAGCGGCCAAAAAAGCAUCUAAGUGUGUUGUCCCUAUUCUCAUUGCACCAUUGAUGGACAUGGUUGCUAUUGCACCAAUCACAUCUCCUGCUGAGCUAAUUCAAAUUCAGGCUCAGGCUGGAAUUACUGAACAGACCACCUGGUUACAGAGGGGGGCUUCUGUAGACAGACAUGGGAUAUGGAGAACACAUGAUGGUGCCAUAUUAGCCACCACCGCUCUCUUGACGCUACUUAUCAAUGAUGCACAUGAUAUUGAUCAUUGUGCAAGGGGGGAGGUGAUAAGAAAAAUCAAAAAACAAGGUUUCUGGUCGCCAUAUCUACAAGCAACAGUAGAUGAGAUUUUGUCAAAAUGUGAAAUAUGUGCAAAAAACAACAUACGUAAAGGUAUAACUACGCCGAUAGGUCACAUACCGGUCCCAGAAGGACCGUUUAGACACAUUGUGAUGGACUAUGUAGAUAUGAUAAAACCUGUACGGGGUAAAAGGUACAUGUUAGUCAUCAUAGACAGGUUCAGUAGAUGGGUAGAAGCAAUACCGUCGGCGGAUCAGGGGUCAGGAACAGUGGUUAAAUUCUUGUCAACAGAAGUCAUUCCCCGGUUUGGGAUUCCAUCCGAAAUCAGCUCAGACAAUGGUUCGGCGUUUAUACAAAAAGUUGUAAAAACAAUAAUACAGCAGCUAAGAAUGAAACAAAGAUUGGGGUGUGUCUAUCAUCCACAAUCGCAGGGGAUGGUCGAAAGGGUUAAUGGGACCCUGAAAAACAAGAUAACAAAGAUCUGUAGAUCUACAGGACUCAAUUGGGUAGAUGCGUUGCCGCUUGCACUAAUGAGUUGUCGCAUGGAAACUAACAGAAACACGCAUCUCUCACCGCAUGAAAUGCUUACGGGUCGACCCAUGCCAAUACCAAUGUUAGGAGGACUAUACAAAGGUCCCUCUUUAGACAUAUUGCAGAGUGAGUUGAAAUCGUAUGUGAUGUAUCUAACCAAAAUACACAAAGCCAUAUACUUACAGGAGAAAAAGACGGUGCCAGAGGCAGGUCCGGAAGGACCUCCCCCAGUGGUUCCAGGAGAUCUGGUCUACGUUCGAGUGUUCCGGAGGAAGUGGGAUCAGCCGAGGAGAGAAGGACCAUACGAGGUGGCAGCAGCCACCAACACGGCCGUCCAAGUGAAAGGAAGCAAGACGUGGUACCAUCUAAACCACUGCACCCGAGUCCCGACGGAGAGAAGGAUACAACCCUACAGAGAUGAGGACGCAGAGGAUGCUGAUUCACCAGGCAGGAGCCCGGAGGGAGCAGGAGCAGCGGAAACGAUCAAAGCACCAGAGAGUAAUCAGGAAAAGGGCAGACCAGAUACAAGCCAAGAUACGAAAAGCGCGCCAACUAACGCACUCAGAAGAAGUAUCAGGGGAAAAGAGACUGAAAAGAAAAGAGACAAACAACCAAAGCCUCUUCCAGCAGGGCCUGAAAGCCCGGAAAUGGGGGGGGGUGACAUGCCUGUUACUCCUGAUGACAUACCUGUUGGGGCAGACCUUGUUGACGGGAGCCCUCUACAGUGGGACCCCGAGGUAUCACCUGAAGAAUGGGAACAUCUCUUCCCUGAAAUGGACGCCUUCCCAGAUGGAAGCCCAGCUCGGACUGAGGAGGGAACAACGGGCGGAGAAAGUGGAGGAGAAACCUCACCAGGAACAACAGGUGAAGAAAGCGGAGGAGAAGCCUCACCAAGAGCAGAAGGGGAGAUCUUGCAAGGAAAAACGGUCCUGCAGGAUGAAAGAAAUGGGGAUUUCCCCACGAUUGACUUUUCAGCUCUUACCUGGUCUCCAUAAUGAACAAUUGAAAUUAGGAGCACAACAGAACAAUGACCACGACAGAGCAAGAGCAAUCGAGGACAAGAUGAAGACAAUGCACUCACACAUGACCAAGAUGAAUGAUAAAAACAGGAAGAGAAGAGAGGAACCGGUCGAACAAGGAGAAAAGACAGGACGUUUGGACAGGUUUAAAUUUUCUGUUCCGCCCCAACUUCUAACUGAACCAGGGGAACAGAGAACAGUUUCGGUAUGGAAGAAGAAACCACUACCAGAGGAGCCACUCUGUGGAUGGACACAUCAUAUGAUAAAGGGAGAAGUUAUAUGGGACCCUAAAGGUUGUGACCUGAUAUUAACCAAAUAUGAGGAAGGCUGGGAGUUUAUCAUGAACAAGAUAACACCAGCAGAAGGUGAAGAAUUUGAAAUUGAAAUAGCAAGAACAGGACUGACCGAAGGAAACAGUUACAAACAUGUCAAAUUGGGUCCCACGCCAGCACCUGAGCAAGAACAGCUUGUAACAACCAAAGUGACGACGACAACGAUAGCAGCGGCUGUAACAACCACGGUGGCGGCUGCUGUGACGACCACAGCAACUACCACCAAGAUGACAUCAACUGCCCUUGCCAAGCAGACCACGGUGACCAUAAAGACACCUGUAACACCAGAACCAAAAGGAUUCUUUAAUGAGAUUUGGAACUUUCUGACAAACUCUAAUGACUUACCUCAAGACAAGAACAAUGCAAAGAUGACGGACAUAGGUAUAUCAGACUCAGAACCAUUCAAGGACACUAUGCAGGAGGAAGAAGUGAAGAACGAAUGGUACAAAUGGGCUAAGUAUACGGCAAACAAACACAGAAUGGACAAUUGUAUUCUGUGUAGUAAAUCACCUUUGUCGGAUCUCAUGAUAGUUCCUGAACCAGCAUCAUUUAAAAACUGUGCCAAUUGGAAGAAUGAUCAUUGUACCAAGACAAAGUAUUCUAUUCCCUUGUGUGACAUAGAAUGUAGGAUUGCUCAGGGGAGCACUAGAGGCAGAAUCAUGUUGAACGAGACUAGGUUGGGAAACAAUGACUGUGCUGCGUAUGACAUUAAAACUGAAUCAAAUGGACUCAAUUUAGACAUAAGUACUGUGGUUAAAGGAAAAUAUGAAUGUUUUUACAGCUAUAACACCGAAGGAAUAAAUGUCGGAAACACCACUGUAGAAUGUGAUACUAUUUGGAUACUAGAGACGGCAGGGGUUCGUAGAAGCACAGAUAAAGGGUUGAUUGUAAAUAGAAAAGGAGUGUGUGGUACAAUAACCCAGGUUGCGCCGUCCCUCACUAUGCUGAAGAAUCAGGAUAGAGGUAUUGCAGAUAGUUUCUGGAUGUGUGGGAAAAACAAAUUAAUGAAUGUACUGCCAGAUGGAUGGAUUGGUCUCUGUGCUUUAGUUAGAGCAAUUCAACAGGUUACCAUUAUAAAAUCACCUCAUGACGACUAUGUUAAAUUUAGAGUUAAAAGGGCGUAUGAGAAGGACCCUGAGGUAUACCUUGAUGCAAUUGGACAACCUAGGGGAGUACCUCAGGAGUUCAAGGCAAGAGAUGAAGUUAAAUCUGGAUUCGAAUCGAUAUUUUUGUGGGUUACACCGAAUAAGAACUUAGAGUGGAUUAAUUAUAUUUACUAUAACCAGCAGAGAUUCAUUAACUAUACUGACUCAGCUCUAACGGCGUUGGGGGAACAGGUGCAGGCUACCAGCAAAAUGACUUGGCAAAAUAGACAGGCUCUCAAUUGGCUUUUGGCGGAGAAGGGUGGAGUCUGUGUUAUGUUUGGGGAUGAUUGUUGUACCUUUAUUCCUAACAACACAGCGCCUAACGGAUCCUUUGCACUUGCUAUGAAUAGACUUAAAGGGUUACGAACAGAGGUAAAGGCUAAUGCUGGGUUUGAUUCCCAUGUUUGGGACUGGCUGGAUCUAGCAUUGGGUAAAUGGGGAGCUAUGUUUGCUAGGAUGGCCAUUAUGCUGGGCGGAGGAUUAGUGGCUCUAGGUAUCGUAUUUUGUUGUGUUUUACCUUUGGUAAAAUCACUUGUGAUCCAAACAACGGUCAAACAGAUGUCGAUAGGUAGAGCUAACCUUCCUGUGGUAGUUGAUCCUGUACCUGGAAGCCCAGGCCAUUAUACAGAUAGAUAUGGACAAGCAUGUAAUGCAGCUGGUGGGCCUCUUGACUGCCCUUUUGGUAAUCCUAACUGUCUGUUUGGAGUAGUCCCUGGAGGUGGUUAUGCUUGCCAUGGUUUUCGAAAAGAUGGUCUACCUGUUUAUGCUAUAUCCCCAGAGUCAGAAGAAUGUCCACUGGUACAUGUCCAUGAAGCGUGUCACUUGGGCAAUAAUUGUAAGUGGUGCACUAAGUAUAAUGAGGAGGGUCAUAAUCAUUACGGAGAUCCUCUGUUUUGUGCAAAAUGUCAAAGAGGAGAUUGUGAUAUUUGUAGCAAAGAGGAUUGUACUCCUAUGUAAGGAUUUCAUAUACCUAUUUACUUAUGGCCGUGUAUGUUCGUUUGUUUGGUUGUGAUUUUAAAAUAGGUAUAUCGAUGAAUAUAUCUGAUUUCCUUUAAUUCAAGUUAGUUUUGCCUUCUACAAUUAAGUUAUUUCAAAACAUGUUAGGUAACAGAGGGUAUCCGGUUACAAGUGUCUACGGACCAUGUCCUUAAUCUUCUAACAAAGGUUGGUAUCAUUGAUAACACAUUGUUAGAGAGGUGUCUGCGAGGGAGGAUCAUGAUUGAAAACUUAAUGUUAGAAUGUUGUUGUGUCAUUUUUCUUUUGAAACUGCAUGUAGGCCUAUUAUUUUCUUAUAUUCAAGUAUUAUUUUCUUAUAUUCAAGUAUUAUUUCUUAUAUUCAAGUAUUAUUUUAUUAUAUUCCAGUACUAUUGUUGUCUAUUCCAGUAGUAUUUUUAUGGCUUCUUAUAUUCUUCUUAUGUUAGUCUUAUUGUUUUAUUUUUUUGUAGUUUUACACAUAACUGAGACAACCUCAGGCAAGGCUAUGUACCUACAUGCUCAUGCUUCACCAUAAUGUUACAUGUAUUUUUCCUUAUUAUUUCUUACCUAGUUAGAUCUUUUACUCUUCUGCAUAACUAAGAGAUGUUUGGUCUAGUUGGUUUUUUUGUCAAUGUUUAUUAUUGAAUCUUUUACUCUCAGUUUCAUUUUCAUGAUUUGGAGUUGAUUGGUCCAGGUUGUUUGAAUGAUUUCUUGUAUUUUUAUUUUUGUGUGGGGCUAAUUAGCCCCAGAGGAGGGAUUUGUGGGAGUAAAAAGAACACAUGGGCACGUAGGGAGAAUUGGAUACACUAAAGCAAAAGGAGACACAUAGCCUAUUGACCUAUUUGUGGGAAUAAAUAGAACACAUAGGCACUUAGGGAGAAUUGGAUACACUAAGUAAGAGGAGACACAUAGCCUAUUGACCUAUUGUGGGAGUAAAUAGAACACAUAGGCAUGUAGGGAGAAUUGGAUACACUGAAAGGGGACAUAUAGAUAGCUGACAAAAAUACACACACAUGGGAACCAUAAGUUAAGUGCAGGGACACUAAUUCACUAAAAGGGAACACACAGAUGGCUGACAAAAAUACACACACAUGAGAACCAUAGGUUAAGUGCAGGGCCAAAGAACAGGCCUAUAGAAUAACCAGACGCAUGCUAUUUUUUUUAGGACGAAGCAAGAAUCCUGCCACCAUUAUAAACUAACCAAAAGAAGAUGUGGGCGUUAUUGGGCGUGAACAAGCAGGAAGCCUAGACUGAAAGAUAAUGGUGGCAGAUGGAUAGGGGAAAUAUGUCUAUUUACAUAUGGGAUGGACGUAUAUGCUGUAUGUGUAUAAAUAUGAGGGCCAGGGCUCUGGGAAGCGGGGUGUGCUCCGCGGACCAUCCUGGCUGGCAAUACUCUUGUAUUAAAAGCCUGAUUGAUUUCACAA